CCCCUUCCGGCGCUCGGCGGCGAUGGCGAUGGCGGUGCCGGCAGAGGGGCGGGGAGGCCGACAGCGGGCCCUGGCCGCCGGUUCGCCCGUGGACUACAUGAGCAUCACCAGCUUCCCCCGGCUGCCCGAGGAGGAGGCGGGCGGCCCGGCCGAGGGAGGCCUCCGCUCCCGGAAGGAGGAGGACGCGUUCCUGGGCGAGCAGGACACGGACCCAGACUCCUUCCUGAAGUCUGCGCGUCUCCAGCGCCUGCCCUCCUCCUCGUCAGAGAUGGGCAGCCAGGACGUGUCCCCUCUCCAGGAGACCAGCAAGGACCCUUUCUCUGGGGACUGCAGCUUCCGUCAGGAUGGGCUGACUGUCAUCAUCACUGCCUGCCUCACCUUCGCCAUGGGCGUCACCGUGGCCCUGAUCAUGCAGAUCUAUUUUGGGGAUCCUCAGAUCUUCCAGCGCGGUGCCGUGGUGACGGACGCUGCCCGCUGCACGGCCCUGGGCACAGAGGUGCUCAACAAACAGGGCUCCUCUGUGGAUGCAGCCAUUGCCUCUGCCCUCUGUGCAGGAAUUGUCAACCCCCACACCUCAGGGAUUGGUGGGGGUGGGGUGAUGCUGGUCCACGACAUCCGCAAGAACAGGAGCUGGGUGAUCGACUUUCGUGAGGUGGCUCCCCUGGGCAUCCCACUGGAGGAGGACCUGCAGAAGGACACCAAGCCUGGAUUGCUCGUGGGGGUGCCAGGCAUGAUUCAAGGGAUGCACCAGGCACAUCAGCUACACGGGAGACUCCCAUGGUCCAAGCUAUUGGGCCUCGUGGCCAUGGUGGCCGAGGAGGGGUUUAAUGUCACACAGGAUUUGGCCAAAGCCAUACAUGAGCUGAAGGACCUGAACCACUCUGAAAAAUUUCGGGAUCUCUUCCUGCCAGCUGGGCAGCCCCUGCUCCCUGGCAUGUUCCUCAGGCGCCCGGACCUGGCCACCAUCCUGGAGCUGGUGGCAGCAGAAGGGACAUCAGCUUUCUACAGUGGGAACCUGACUCAGGAGAUGAUCUCUGAGGUCCACAGCUACGGAGGAGUCCUGGUGGAGGAAGAUUUCAGCAAUUACAGUGUCCUGGUGGAGAACCCCAUCCACACAAUCUAUCGAGGUCAUCUUGUUUUCAGUCCCCCACCUCCACACGUAGGUCCUGCUCUGAUCACAGCACUGAACAUUCUUGAGGGCUUUAACAUCACAAGUCAAGGAUCCAGGGGAAAUAUUUUGCACUGGAUGGCAGAGACAUUAAAAAUAGCCCUGAGUCUAGCUAGCAACCUGGGAGACCCAUCUGAUGAUGUGUCCAUCACUCAUGCUGCAGAAGACAUGGUGAGCAAAUCAGAGGCUGAUGCCCUGCGCCAGCUGAUCAAUGACUCUCAGCCCUUCUCCUCUGACCUCCAUGUGCCUCACUUCUCCAUGGAGAGUGGACCCACAGCUAGCCAGGUCCUUGUCAUGGGACCUGAUGACUUCAUUGUUGCUGUUGUAAGCUCUUUGAAUCGUCCCUUUGGCAGUGGAAUAAUAACACCCUCUGGAGUCCUCCUGAACAGCCAGAUGUUGGACUUCUCCUGGCAAAACAGAACAAUGAACAGCUCCAUUCCCAGACCGCAAAACCUCAUCCGGCCUCGCAGGCGGCCGCUCUCCUUCCUGCUGCCCACCAUCGUGAGACCCUCCGAGGGGAUGUGUGGCACCUACCUGUGUCUGGGAGCAAACAGUGGGGACAAAGCCUUGAGCAGCAUCGUGCAGGUUUUGGUAAAUGUUUUAACACUGAACAAGAAUCUGAGUGAAAGUUUGUCACUUGGUCGACUUCACCCCCAGCUUCAGUCCAACACUUUGCAGGUUGACAGUGAGUUUCCUGAAGAAGAUAUCGAAUUUCUUGUAGCCAGGGGCUAUCAAGUGGAUAAAAUCAAAGUGGUCUCCUUAGUGCAUGGAGCCAGGAGAACCAACAGCUUCAUCAUUGGCCUGAAGGACCCCAGGAGUGUGGAUGCUGCUGGAGCCACAAUCUUGUAGCCCCUCCCAGACAUCGUGUUGGCCGAACAAGACUUUAGAGAAGUCAACCCCAGUGAUGUGCAUGUUCUGAAUGUCCCUCCUCCAGCCCCAGACUGGGUUCCCCCACAUACACACUGCUGAGCAGAAUGCCUGGACCACCCCAGAGGGGUUAGCAGCACCAACACACAGCUCUCUAAUUUAUAUUUUAUUUUAAAAUUAUUUGAAUCGCAAGCACCCCAGUCCUCAUUAAAGCCUACAAGGAGCACACUUUUCUUUUGACAGAGUCUUGCUGAUAAUUUCAGUCUUUUCAAAAAGCCCAAUUUUAGCCAGCAUCUUGAUUUUAGUAAGCAGGAACAUGAGCAAGUGAAAAAAAACCCAAAACAAGUAGGGAUGGUACUGUCACCUUCAUCUCCAUGGCUUUCCCAAGUUCAUUCUUUGCCUCUUGUAUAAGCCAGUAAUUAAUGCAGCCUAAUGCAUUAGUUUGUGGGUGCAUGUAGCUGGGAUAUCAGGGAGUCCUUUCACACCCUGGAGGGGCCAGCUGGUUUUUACCAAUGUGCAGUCUCCUGUUUUGGUUUCUUUUCUCCCAUUGCUGCACACCUUGAACUUUGGGGGCAAAUCUUUCGAAUCAGCUGGCUGUGGUCUGGUUUUGUAACCAGAACCAUGGUUUUCAACUUCUAAGAACUCAUAGACCCACCCAAUGGUUUUCUCACAGAGGUUCAGCUUCCUCCAUGGUGAAUUUAAGCUUAGUGGGAAUGAUCUUAAUUUUCUCAGAUACUCUUUGGAGAUAUCUUACUGGUACUGCACUCACUUCUAAAAAGUGACCCACUUCAGACCAUGGACUGAAAACCACAGGGAGAUCAUUUAGUCAGGUUCAGGGUGCUCUUUACACUGCCUUAUCCCAGUCUGCUCUGAAAGCCUGAACCAUGGAAUCCCAGCAGAGAGGCUUGGGAUAUUCUGCUUACCUAAUUCACACUUGUGCUUCAGCUCCAUCUUUUGAUACUGGUGGAUCUACUGGAAAAGCUGUGAAAGAGAAGGUACAAAACCCCUCCCAGAACUACUGGAAUGAUUCUCUGUCCACACCAUGUAGUGCAAAUAUAAGAAUACUUCCACAAUUCUUGGCUGAAAUAGUGUGAAGAAAUAGCACAUCAGAAAGCUGCACCACUUCCUUCAAGCCACACUUGAGCAUUUCCUUCUGCUUUCACUCCCAACUCAGACACCUGGCACUUAAAUAUUCUGGAAAUUUAUCAUUUUCUGCUGUUUAAAAUGGGACAAUUUCCCUCAUGGUGCAAAUGCACCUCUGGCCACUGUAUUUAUAUAUCUCUGCUUAUGUUGAUCUUUCAUUUGAUGGUUACAAUGGUCACCCCCAGCCUUCCUCCCGAGGGACCCUGUGUCACCCUGAGCUCCUUCUGACUCCCACUGCUGUCUGACAUCUGCUAUGAAGCCCCUGGGAUGCUCAGGGCACCACAGCAGAAUAUUGUUCCUGCCACCUGCCAGGAGAGGGUCUCAGAGCAUCUCAGGGGAGGCCUUGCACACUGCACAAGGAGGGACAGAAAGGCUUUUGUGCUCCCAUGAAGUGCAGCCACGAGUGAGAAGAGCAGAGCAGGUACCAGGAGCAGACAGGAGCAUGGGCGGGAUUCUCUGUUACCCGUGGCCUCAGCUGAGAGACAGGAGAAGGACAGUGGUGUCUUUGGGAAGUUGUCUUCUGUGCCACCACACUGCCUGUAGGUAAAGAAGAGACUUUCUUCACCAGAGGGAUGUCAAAUCUAUUUAUUUAUUUUUCUGUUGUCAUCAUUAGAGUUGGUCAAUGCCCAAAGUUGGGAGUGUUAAUGAACUUCACGUGUUGUGGAGCAGACCUCUCUGGGUUUUGUGGGGAAGAGGGAGGCAGUUCUGUGCUUUGAAUCCCACUGCUGGAAAUGGGGGACUUUCUGAUAGGGUACAGCAGUGAUCUGUCACUUCGGCAUGGAGCCACUUCUGUUUCAAGAAAAGAGAAAAUAUAAAAUUGGAAGAUGGAAUUAGGUCCCUGGGUCAUGGCAAAGAGAAGGAAAGAUGUUGUGAAUUAUUUCCCAUUUUCUCUGUUUAAGAAUGGCAUCAGUUUAGAACAGAUGUAUUUGAUACAGAAACUUUUAAUCUGCUAAUUGGCCCAGUGUCUGAUACUUUGAGUCCUUCUGUUGUGAUGAGAUCUGAUUAAUUUAAUGUAAGGUGCCAAGAAACACCCAAUGUUUCCUUCUGUACAGGUGAGAUAGACAUUGUGGAAUAAAGGGUGAUGCUC